AUGGUGAGCAAGUAUGCACACCUUUUCUUCAUGUUUACAGGAGCAAAGGAUGCUGCAGGCAAAGUGCUGGACCGCUGGGCCAUCAUGUCCAGGGAAGAAGAGAUCAUUACCCUUCAGCAAUUCCUGAGAUUUGGAGAAACGAAAUCCAUCGUGGAGCUGAUGGCAAUUCAAGAAAAAGAAGGGCAGGCUGUGGCUGUGCCAUCUUCAAAGACAGAUUCAGAUAUAAGGACUUUUAUUGAAAGCAAUAAUCGCACCAGGAGCCCAAGUCUCCUUGCUCACCUGGAGAACAGCAACCCUUCCAUGACCAGCAUCACAAAUGUUGAGCCCAAAACUGAGCCAGCCUGUGUCUCUCCUGUUCAGACACCCACGCCAGUCAAUGAUUUAUCAAAACCAGAACACACUAAAAGCUCAUUCCGAAUUCACAGAAUGAGAAGAAUGGGGUCAGCCUCCAGGAAAGGAAGAGUGUUUUGCAAUGCAUGUGGCAAAACUUUCUAUGACAAAGGUACGCUUAAAAUCCACUACAAUGCUGUACACCUGAAAAUCAAGCACCGGUGCACUAUUGAAGGCUGCAACAUGGUCUUCAGCUCUCUCAGAAGCCGCAAUCGUCAUAGUGCUAACCCAAAUCCCCGCCUGCACAUGCCUAUGCUGAGGAAUAACCGUGACAAAGAUCUAAUUCGUGCUACAUCAGGUGCCGCCACUCCCGUCAUAGCAAGUACAAAAUCCAACCUAACUCUAACAAGCCCUGGGCGUCCACCAAUGGGGUUUACCACUCCCCCUCUAGACCCUGUACUACAGAACCCUCUUCCCAGUCAGCUGGUGUUUCCAGCUUUAAAGACUGUCCAGCCUGUUCCUCCUUUUUACAGAAAUUUACUUACCCCUGGAGAGAUGGUGAGUCCUCCAACCUCACUUCCUACCAGCCCAAUAAUACCAGCAGUGAGUGGCAUGGAGCAGCAUCCCCCUCCUCCUUCAGAAUCAUCAGUACCUUCAGUGUUGAUGCCCACCCCAGAGCCCAAUGCUGACCUUGCCCCCAAAAAGAAGCCGAGGAAGUCAAGCAUGCCAGUUAAAAUUGAAAAGGAAGUUAUCGAUACUGCUGAUGAGUUUGAUGAUGAAGACGAAGAGGUGAAUGACAGCAACACAAUGGUGAAUGACAUUGGUCAUGACAAUCACUGCCAUUCUCAGGAGGAAAUGAGCCCAGGCCUGUCUGUGAAAGAUUUUUCGAAAAGUGACAGAAGCAGAUGCAUUUCCAGACCAGACAUAAGAAGGGCAGACAGCAUGACAUCGGAAGACCAGGAGCAUGAGAGAGACUAUGAAAAUGAGUCAGAGUCGUCAGAGCCCAAAUUGUGUGAGGAAUCCAUGGAAGGCGAUGACCGUCUCCACGAACCUGGUGAAAAAUCUAUGAUGCACAGUGACAGACCAGAUGAAAACCACAAUGACUCUUCCAACCAGGAUGUCAUUAAGGUGAAGGAAGAGUAUACAGACCCUACAUAUGAUAUGUUCUAUAUGAGCCAAUAUGGACUGUACAAUGGAGGCAGUGCCAGUAUGACUGCCCUUCAUGAAAGUUUCGCUUCUACAUUCAACUACAGCAGCCCUCAGAAGUUCUCCCCAGAAGGUGAAAUGUGCUCCAGCCCAGACCCCAAGAUCUGCUAUGUUUGCAAGAAAAGUUUCAAGAGUUCCUACAGUGUGAAGCUUCACUACCGAAAUGUUCAUUUAAAAGAGAUGCAUGUCUGCACAGUGGCUGGCUGUAACGCUGCGUUCCCAUCACGGAGAAGCAGAGACAGGUCAGUAAAUAUUAAUUGA